UCUUAUGUAGGAGGAGAUUAUAAGAAAUAAUUUUGGUGGAAUAAUGGUUGGAUUGUCUGAUCAAUAUGGCAAUCAAAGAGAUUAUUUCCUGAAGCAAUUGCACUUGUCGGAAUGGGCGGUAUUGGAAAAUUUACACUUAUUAAUUUGGUUUAUCGAAAUACACGAGAAUGCCCUAUAGAGCUUAAACCAUUUGUUGGUCGUAGCUUCCCCACGUUGGACAACGCGAUUGAAUUUUAUGAGAACUAUGGUCGACGUGUCGGAUUUGAUACAAGGAAGAAUGGUUCAAAGAAGGUUGAUGAUAUGACCAUACGGUUUUACAUGGUGUGUAACAGAGAGGGUGAACAUAAGUUUAACGAUCAGCAACCCAAACAACGACGUAAAUCCAAAAAAUGUGGAUGUAAUGCUUGUGUUGCAUUCAAAUUUGAUUCUGACCGUGGUUACGUAAUUCAACACUUUAACGAAGAACACAACCACCCCAUGGUUGAGGUACAACACCAGAAGUUCAUGAGAUUAAAUCGUCAGCUUGAACUAGUUCAUCAAAAAUUUAUUUCAGAUUGUGCUGGUGCUAAUAUCGGGCCAUCUCUCACUUUCAAGCUGUUGACUGAAUUGAUGGGAGGUUAUGAGUCUGUUGGGUGUACUAUGUUGGACAUCCGUAACUACACAUGGGACAUCAGAAGAUACGCUGAAGGAUAUGACGCCCAAAUUAUUAUAGAUGAGUUGAAGAAGAAGAAGGAAAAUUGUGAUGCCUUCACGUACGAGUAUGAAGUUGAUUCCUGUAGUCGUCUGAUUCAUUUAUUCUGGUGUGAUCCUAUGGCCAAGAUGAAUUUCUUGCAAUUUGGUGACAUCGUUUCGUUUGAUACUACGUACUCAACUAAUAGGUACUCAAUGAUUUUCGCUCCGUUCACUGGUAAGGACAACCAUGGGCGCGCAAUGUCCUUUGGAGCUGGUUUGCUUUGUAGUGAGAGCGCGGAUUCGUUCUCUUGGAUGUUUAAGCAGUUUGUGAAAUGCAUGGGCAUACAUCCCAAGUUGAUAAUUACUGAUCAAGACUUGGGCAUGAAAGUAGCCGUUGAAAAAGUUCUUGUGAAUACACGUCACAAAUGGUGUGUGUGGCACAUCAUGGCAAAAGUCGCUCAAAAGGUUCCUAAGUCACUUCUUGGUAAUCCUGAUUUUAAAAAGGAUUUGAAUUCAUACGUUUGGUCUGAGUUAAUUGAACCCACUGACUUUGAAGACAAGUGGAAGAAUGUGAUGGAGACUUAUGAACUUGUUGGCUCUGAAUGGUUCGUUUCUAUGUUCGAAACAAGAAAGUAUUGGGUUCCAGCCUACUUUAGGGACUUUCCUUAUAGUUCUUUGAUAAAGACGACAUCUGUUUCGGAAUCGCAGAAUAGUUUUUUCAAGAGGUAUACUCAGUCCAGGGCGAACCUUGUUUUUUUAAUGAAUUUCAAUAAUGUUGUUGAUGCCCAACGAAACUACUCCGCAAAGCUGGAUUAUAUGGAUUAUAAUACCACUGCAAAUAUGAAAACAGAAUGGUCUAUUGAGAAGCAUGCAUCCACAAUAUUUACUGAUGGUGCAUUCAAGGAAAUUCAAGAACAGAUUCUGGAGGCUUAUAACCACUGCAGUCUGGUAUCAAUAUCUAAUGAUUCAAGUCCAGAGGUUUACAAGGUUGUAGAUCAUUUUUCAAACACAUGGUCUGUCACAUUAUCUGUGGAGGAUUAUGUUUGUCUAUGUGGUUGUAAGAUGUUUUCUAGGGCUGGUCUUGUAUGCAGCCACAUCUUCCUUGUGUUGAAGAACAAAAAAUUGCGAUUGAUUCCUGAGUAUCUGAUUGGAGGUCGAUGGUUGAAAUCUCCUCUGCUUAAGGUUGUUCAUGCCGUCCAAAACCCAGAUGUAGCAACACAUGUUUAUGUUGAUGAGAAGAAGACGGCCCAAGCAAUUUUGUUGGGAGAGAUGUUGGGUCUUUACCAGGCUGUGUCUGUUGAUAUUGAUCAAAUUCAUGAGCUAACAUCUAUAGUGCGUGAAGCUCGACAACAGAUUUUUUCCAAUGUGGUUGUAACGUCUACAGCCCAGAAGAAGAAAAUAAUGGAGGAAUCUUAUGGGGCUGAGGCACCCCAGGAAGUAGAUGUACAUCCACCUGAAGUCGUUAGCACGAAGGGAUGUGGUAGUAGACUCCCUUCAAGAGUCGAGAAGGCUUUGAAGCUUAAGAGCAAGCAUAUGCGUCAAUGCAAGAAAUGUCAGGAGUGGGGUCACUACGAUUCAAGGAAUUGCGACAAAUUUAAAGAGAAAGAAAAGAUGCAGUCCGGAAGAAAUUCUGAUGUUUGAUUCAAGUUUUUUAUUUUUUAAGUAAUGUUCGUUUAAUUCA